CUAUGCGCAGAACGGCAAGGCAAAUGGGGCGAAACACUUGUUUUGCAACGCUAAUGAAUCUUGGAUAAAUAUGUAGUUCAAAUGUUGUUGAAUGUUGUGAUCUUGGAAUAUCUAACUUUAUUAACAUGAUUCCACAUUUGGCCCUUUUUGUGACUGAAAUUUAUUGAAUUGUAUUCGCCUUUGAUAACUUUUCAGCAGAAGAUACGAUAUGGCCGCCGUCACCGAUGCCCUAUUUGUGACGGCUAACGUAGGAUCGAUUUUCGAAGAUCCAACUUCAAUGUUGAAAAUAUGGUGUGAUGAGUUUUUGAAUACAAUCUCCCGAAUAUCACCAAAAGUGAUAGCACUGCACUGCCAAGAAGUCGGUGGCAAAAACUAUGAACGCAGUAUGCAACAUGUUUCAGAAUUUGUCAAGCUGCUUAUGUCAAGUGAAGAGCUGCAACCUUUUAACAAAGUAAGAAUAUUUUUGGAUGAAGACUACUCCUCUGCUGAGCACUUCACUGCUUUGGGAAACUUUUAUUUCAUACACGAAUCCAUUCCAGAUGAACAUGUUCAGAUUUUCAAUUUCCAAGAGAAUAAAUUUGAAUGUGUUCUUGGAAAGGAGGUAUUCUCAGAAAACAUUGAAGAUGUUCCAACAAAAGAAAAAUCCAAAUUUCCUCAAGAAAUAUUUCCAGAGUGCAAGUGGUCUCGUAAAGGUUUCAUGCGUACUCGUUGGAAUUUAAAUGGAACUACUUUCGAUCUUGUCAAUAUUCAUCUGUUCCAUGACGCUUCAAAUUUUGUUGCUAUGGAAUCGUUUCCAUCAGUGUAUUGUAAAAACCGACAGAGGGCACUUGACCACACCCUGAAGAGGUUUCACACCGACCAAUAUGGAAGUGUUCCAUUUUUCGUGUUUGGAGAUUUUAACUUCCGGACUGAUACACAAGGGGUAGUCAAGAAACUAUCAGAGGGCUUGAAUGCUGUAAAAGUUCAAAGCAGCAAAAGUACUGAUCAUACAAAGCUGCAGUACCGGGACGAGUCUAGUCAGCAAGUAGUCUUAACUUUGGGCAAAAAGGAAUUCAGUCACCUAGAUCAUCAAAAACUUUUUGUUGGUGGCGACAGUGAAUGGCUCAGGGAAUUUGAUCGAGAGCUAGAUUCUUUUGAUGAUCAGUUGUUCGAAUUCACUAUAAAUUUCCCUCCAAGUUAUCCCUAUGUGGAAGAUUCUGAAAGGGGAGAGUUUUACAUGCAAACUCGGUGCCCAUCAUGGUGUGACCGAGUUUUCCUCAGUUCAAGUGCUCGCUCACUUGUGGACAGUGCCACUGAAGAUUCUCCUUUGGAGUAUGGAUUAAUUGGCUUAAAUGCUUGUAUGGGUGAUCACAAGCCUGUCUUCCUCCGAGCAGCUCUGAUAGCUGGACUAGGUACGGUGAGUUGUUGCGCAUUGCCAACUGCCCUUUGCACGUCCUGCUUGAGUGCUGCCACUCCUGUAGAGCACAAUUGUCGUCUGUGUGCUGAACGAACAGUAGAAUCAUCCUCAUUUCCUCUCUUUGCUGAACCUGAACAAGACCAUAGUGGACUUGUUGUUCCCAAAUUUCACCGUCACACUUCUCCAUAUACUCCUGAUAGUACAGACACUGAACCAGAUUUAGGUGAAGAGUUGUCUAGAGAAGAACCGUUCUUUAUGAAGAUCAAAAGUGAUAGACGCUUAAGUCGUUUUGAUACAUCACCAAGGAAACGUCUCCAAAUAGCAGAUGGACAGCAUGAAGAUAUUGAAGAGGAUGAAAAUGUGAAUUUGAAGAGCCAUAAAAUGUCCUCAAAAAUUCCAGUUCGUGUCACAGACUUAAAAGAAACCAACUCCCUCACCAAAGUGCAAAUUUCAAAACUCCCAGUUCCCAAAAUAGUCAGUGCAAAACAAGAUAAGGAUUCAAAUUUGAAAGGUAGAAAUAAGUACCCAUCUGCAUCAGCCUCUAAAGAUAAUCUGGAUAAUAGAUUACAUCUGAUGAAUGAUAAUUCCUCUUCUUCCAUUCAUGGUAAUGUGUUUAUAGAAGAUAUUAGUUUGAUCCCCAAGCCUAAAUCAGCAGAUGGGAGGAAGUUGUUAUGCAGACAAAUCCAUGUUGAUGAAAACAGUAGUGAUUCUGAUACUCCGAGUGCAGAAAUAGGUGAGGAUCAGUACCCAGCUCCAGAACAGAGAUCUGAGGAAUCCAAAGUAGAAAUUCAGUUUUCUCUCGUUGAGACUUCUCCUACCUUACUAUCACCCAUUGAUUGUGAGUCAGAUGGCCUAUUAACAACCAAAGGGCAUGGUUUGGGUGGCUCUACAACUGAUAGUGGUGUAUCUGUUUCUCCAGAUUUGUCUGUUGCUACCUCUCCAUCUACUGAUGGUCAAGAUAAAGUUGUACAUGAAACGAUUUCUAAUGUUGAAUCAAAUUAUGAGGUUGGCUCUAAUGGUGAGAUCAAUUCAUCAUCUCUCGAGAGGUUUACUUUUGUGCGUAGGAUUCAGUCUGCGUCUGCUAUGGAAAGGAAGAGCUCUUUUCCUUUUCCAUCGUCUAUUUACAUUGAAAAUGAUCAAACAUUAGGUGGGUUUGGUGGUUCAGGAUCAAACCUUUGGGGAAUGCGCACUUGCAGAUGCAUGAGUGAUGGGUCCUGGAGGCAACGAUCAUCAACUAUAUCUCACUCUAUGCUCAGUUCUAAGACUGAUUCAAGAAUCCGAUUGAUUUCAACUAGCUCUCACUUGGAUAGAUCAUUGCCUCGUUUACAAAGUCACCACAGUUCAUCAGAUGAAGAGUGGUUUGAAGAAAUUACAAGUGAAUCGCAUGAAGAUUUAAAAUUGGAACAUGGACAGCCACUUAAUAGUGAUGGCGUUCAAGCCAAACGCAAUGUUGACCUCUCAAAACGCCUCUCAACUCAUCAGGAAUGUUUGCGUGAGAAGACCUCCGACCCAAACCUCACUUGUGAGAGUGAUUGCCAAACUACAACUGGAAUGGAUAUUCAGCAAGACAAUAUUCAACCAUCUAAAACUCGGGACCAUCAAAGUGGGAACCAUGAUUUUCAAGGUACAUUUGCACAAUCACCUUUAGAGCAAUUAAGUAAGUUCAAGCAAAAUUGCUCUCUGAAAGUAGAAAUUCAACCCCAAGAUACAUUAGAGGAAUUGCCUGAGUCCACUACGAAUGAUUGUCUUCUCAAACACACCGGAGCUUCGCUCAACUAUGAUGAAUCAAAAACUCAUGCAGGGAAAGCACUUCUGCAAAGAAGAUCUUCGGUUAUUUCCAACAGUUCCAAAACCCCAAACUCUAAAAGCUGUAAGGCUUGUUGCACUGUUUUGUGACCAGCCAUUUGUAUUUAUGGCUGCUUUCAUUUCCUUCUUAAGCAAUUCUAGAUGUGUAGCAAUAAGUAAAUAAAAUAGCUGUAAGAGCCAUAACCAUUGCCAACAAUGUUUGAACAUCAGUCUUACUGUAUCUCAGCAUCAUAACAUAUAUAACUGAGGUUGCCUCUCCAUGGACCUCAUACACUUCAUAAAAUAUUUACCAUGCAAUUCAUUUUUGUUCUGGCACUAACCUAGACUAUGGUCUUUUUUUUAUAUUGUCACUUUUAGUUACACCUGCACAUCAUAGAAUUAGAAGUCCCACAAUGAAAGACUGUUAAUGACUGCACAUCAAAGCCCAUUACUUUCAAACAUGACUUGAAUUUGAAAGAUUGUAAAUUAUUUUUAAGGGAAAUGACAAUGGACUUUUUCACUGUGGGACCGCCAAACGCAAGUGUGUUACCAACAAUUAUUUCUCUGUCAGAUAUUAGAGAUAUAGUUUUAUUGGUUGAAGAGUCAUAAUUAUAACAAAAUUAGAAUUGUAAGACCUGGCUCUUCAAACAAAGAGGAAAGGUGGGUCAUCCAUGUUGCAGUUCAAACUUUAUUCUAAUUAUAAUGUUGUUUUAUUAGGUAUGUACUAAGAGUGCCCCCUUUAGAGGUUCCCCCAUGUACUAUUUUAAUAUAUUAAAUAUAAUUUUCAUUAACAAAUAAGAAGAAAUGUUAAGAAAUAUUAUUAGUGACGAAGCAAUAUUGCAAUACAUACAAAAUAUUUAGGACUUAUUGAAUGGGGGGAGGGGGCAUAUUGUGGGGGACAUAAUUUUUUUUGCCUAUUUAAACACGGAUUGUAUUGCUAAUUGUCUGCCCAUUAGGCGUCUUUUCAAGGUCAUGACUCGCCUCCCUCCCUCCCUAUGCCUGCAUUUAUAUAUGUUCCACCAGACUCUGCCUUAUCAUUGACCCUGCCAUUCUCAUUUGUUGUGUACAACAAACAACAUCAAAGUUCGGUUUCGUACAGAGAGCCUGGUGCCUUGACCAACACAUCACUGCUAUUUGAAAGCCAGUUAUACUUUGUUUUCUUUCCUUUUCCUAUGUGUUUCAUUGUGUACACUAAUAUUGGGCGCAGUGAUUCCAUGUACGAAAAGUUAAGACAUACUCUUUUUGUUACAACAAUCCAAUUGGAGUGGGUGCAGUAAUUUCCUCAAGAACCUGAAACAGUAACCUCCUACAGUUACGGCAUCCACUUGUCCUAACCCCUGCAGUGGAGGCUCUCAACAUUAGAAGUGGGACAGAAAAUUAGAUCAAAGGAGAAAUUGAUUUUAAUACACAAGCAAACAGCAGGUAUGUGUAAGUCAUGGCUCUUAGACACUCAGUAUGAAGCACAAAACCUUUGUGCUAAUGGUUGGCUCCAACUAAUGAAAUCAAUGUUUUACCUUUCUGUCCCAUAAUUUUAAACAAUUUUUGUAAUAAAUAUGGAAUAAAAUCCCAGAGGGGGCACCUCUAGAGGGGAUACCUUUGCAACUUCCCCCUUUAUCCUUUUUAAACUGGAAAUCUGUUCUUGGUAGAGAAAAAUCUUAAAGCUUCUUUCUAUUUUCAUAAGUUUGUAAAACAGGGAGUGUUCUAGUUUCUUGUCUUUUGUCUAUCUUUUAAUGAAUGUCAGAAAGAAGCCAUGUAAUUUUGAUUUUCCCCCCAAAAAUGACCUCAAAUCUAAAAUGGUAAUAAUUUAUUAUUCUGAUUCUAAAGUUAAGUAUACAACAAGAAGAAAUAACCAAUUUGCUUUGUGUACAUCCAAUAGAUUUUUCAAUAUAGCUUUCCUUUCUGCCACCAAAUCCUUGCCGAUGAAAGUGUAAUGAAGUAUGUUGUACAGGCUGUUUAUUUGCCAUACCAUUCUGCCUCAGGAAAUCUUUCCAGCAUUGUCAUGUCGUACAGUUAUGUGCCAUUCAAUAAUCAAAGUUCAAAAUUGGGUAAUGUUGGUCUAGUGCCACCCAAAGCCAGAACCAAUUGCCUGGGUGAACCAGCUGAUAUUUGUGUUUCCUCUUCAUGUUCCCAGUAGACAGGGGAUUUUUUACAUCAAACUGAUUGAAAGCACUCGAGGAAGAACAAAGUAACUUGUUAAUGUUUACUGUGAUUUCUUGUGUUAAUACCAAGCAGAUAUCAAGAAAAAAAAGGUUCUUGAAAAGUUAUUGAUCUGUUUUUCUAAUCUUAAGAACAUUUCUCACAACUCCCAUUGGUAGAGAAACUUAUCUAGAUGUGUCUGAAAUCCAUGUGCCUUAUACAUACAUUUUUUGUAUUGACCUGUGUAUUUUAGAGAGGUUGAGAUUAAGAGUUCUGGAAUGGAUUGUGAAGUUGGUCUUGCAUCAGCAUUGUAGUGUAGCUCUCACAUAAUACAUAUUCAAUACUAAUUGUUGUGGCCUGUUAUAGGCUCAAACAAAUUCCAUUGAUGGGCCAUACGAAUUAUGAGUCCUCGCGAUGAUGCAGGUUUAGGAUCUUCUAGACAUGCUUUUGUGGUUAUCCUAUAUGUUGCUGCAUUUCCAGUGAUAGUAAUUUUAGUUCAAUAUUUUACUUUUUCUGGUUAGUUUUAGCUUUGAAAUAAUCCUGGGCAAAGAUUGGCAUUCAUUUGAAUAUCCCAGUGUACCCAUUUUACUCUCCUAAGAUUUAUUGAUCUGGUCCUUUUUAUUUAUAACACUUAUCAUUGAUAAAGUGAACUUUUUCCCAAUUUCACUGCAUUUCAAUCUAACAAUCAAUCUAAUUCCCCUAAAUGUUAGAAUUAGAGACAGCAAUUGGAUAUAGAUUCCCCUUAGAUCAGAGCCAAGAGCUUCAGAAUCUCAUAUAAAUGAGUUGAAGACUAAAAUAAAGCGUUGUUUGUGUAAAGUCAUUUUACUAUUGUGUUUGUGAAGUGCAAGCAACUAUUUGUAAAUCAAGCAUAAACUUGCAAUUGCACAUUUCUUGCUAACAGUGGAUAUUUAUGUUCCUAUGUUCGAUUUUUCUGUGAUUACUCAACAUAGGUGUCCGAAAACGUACAGAGGUCCCCCUCCCCCGGAAAUUUUUAAAAUAUUCAAUUUCGUGUUCUUGUGCUGGGAAUGGGAAUAUACAUGGAUAUUCGAUACCAUUCAAAUAUUUCAUCAAAUGGCUUAUUCCAUGUCAUGUGUUGUAUAUUUCAAAAUAUACAGUCGUCGAUCUAAAUUUAUUUCGUAUGUUGAUUGUCUGCAUCUUGCAGUGCACUACAGGGCUGAUUUUGUAGAAACACAAGUCAUCCACUAUAGGAUACACAACAAUGACUUGUUUUUCUGCAAAAUCAGCCCUGUAGUGCACUACAAACCAAACAGUGCACUGAGAACAUGCGACAUGCACCUUUGCACAGGGGUAACUCUGUACGUUUUCUCUUGAAACUUAGCCAACAAUCCAAUGUCUCUUGUACUUUUAGGUCAGAAUACUUUUAGUUUACAACAAAUAUCAUACAAAUUAAUAUAAUGAAAGAGCCAAUCAUUUUCUUUGCAAUUUUAAUUUUGGAAGAGAAAAAUAUAAAAUAUACAGUAGCUCCACUUUUAUGUAUUUGUAUUCCAUAAUGGAGUACCAGAAGUUGUACUGUGUUAUUUGCUAUGUUGAAAAUCUUGUUACCUUUUUUAUAAUACAUUUUAGGUUAGUUUAUCCCAAAUCAGUUUGUGUUUUCAGUUGGAAUAUAAAAUGUAUCUUGCUGAUUAGAUCAGUUAUGCACUUGGUUCUACAGUAUUAGUGUGCAACUUGUUCAAUUUUUAAUCCGUUGGUGAACAGAAUAGCCGAAUAGGCUGCUACUCAAGUCUUCAUUCUCCCAAUAGCUUUUUGAAAUCUAUUAUUGUGGGAUUUACAUUUGUUUUUUUGUUUUUUUUUUAUUUAGUUUGGUAAUGCCCAAAUCAUAUUUCUAAUCAAAGGUGUAUCAAAGUCCCAUUAAAUCAACAUUUUUUGACUCUUA